CUUGGUUCAUUGACCUUCCAGAAGGAAGAUGCCACCGUCAAAUUCAAUCUCUAGUAAGGGAUUGAAAUCCAUUCUAGUGGAAGAAAAAUGUGAUUUAGAUUAUGGAAUUGGUGGCACUCUGUUACUUCCAUCCUCAGGUUUUCUAUUAAAUAAACAACCAUCUUCCCUACUGCAAGGUGUCCAUACUUCUAACUCUCCCUGUGGAAUCCUCAUCCCCUACCUUGUGAAGCUGUCUCCAAUGGCAUCCAAAAGAAUACUGAAGGAGCUUAAGGAUUUGCAAAAAGACCCCCCAACUUCAUGCAGUGCAGGUCCUGUAGCUGAGGAUAUGUUCCAUUGGCAAGCGACCAUCCUGGGUCCAGAUGAUAGUCCCUAUGCCGGUGGUAUCUUCCUUGUUACCAUCCAUUUCCCACCUGAUUAUCCCUUCAAACCUCCCAAGGUUGCCUUCAGGACCAAGGUAUUCCAUCCAAACAUAAACAGCAAUGGAAGUAUCUGCUUAGACGUACUCAAAGAACAAUGGAGUCCGGCUCUCACCAUAUCUAAGGUUCUGCUCUCCAUUUGUUCACUUCUAACAGACCCUAAUCCAGAUGACCCGCUGGUCCCUGAGAUUGCUGAUUUGUGCAAGACUGACAAAGUCAAGUAUGAAUCGACAGCCCGGAGCUGGACCCAUAAGUAUGCCAUGGGCUAACCCUCCUCCCUCUAUGGGUGCCCUAAUCUAGUUAAAACUGUGACACGUACCCCACUGCCUUUUUAGCUUGGAAUAAAAUGAUUUGCCACUU